AUGGCUUCUAUUUACCGCCGAUUAUGCACAAUUACUUCACGUAUCAAGGGAGAUCAUUGCUAUCGCUCAAAUCCGCGAAUUAAUGAAGUCUGCAACUGCAUUCCCGAGCCUUCCAACGCAUAUUCACAUAACGCAAUAGUGGAGAAGUUGAAAAACACAAACGGCAGCGAACAAGAUGCGACUACAGUUGGAAACGUGACUGAUAGUCUAGCGGAGGUCCUGUACAAGCCAUUGCUCGAAAAGGAAAUCAAGAUGACUUGCCGUUGUUGAAGGCACAAAUGUAAUAACUGGUCACAAAUGUAAUAAAGGUCACAAAUGUAAUAACAUUUGGUCACAAAUGUAAUAAAGGUCACAAGUGUACUAACAUUUGGUCACAAUUGUAAUAAACAUCUAAAUUAAGCUAAAACAAAAAUCACAACGAAAUCUAAAAUCCCACAGAGGACAUUCUCUCCUACGCUUUUACACCACACUGUGCACGAGUAUAAAAUUUUCAAAAAUUUAAAAAAAUUCAAAAGAUAUCACAUCAAAUCAAAGGUGAACUGAAUAGCUAAAAUGUCACAGGAAAUUGUAUAGGUAAACUCUUUCCUUAGGGGAUAUCACGAGAAUGUAACUGGGUGGGAACCAAGAUUGGGAGACUUUUAUACACUCAUGCCGAACCUAACAAUAUAAAGGAUCCAAAUGCGGUGUCAGUGGCGGGGGCAAAAAAAAAACGUUCUGACGAUACAACAAUCGAAAGGUCAGAGUCAACAGGAAACGAGUAAAGAGAGUUGGUGUAGAAUUGGCUUUAAGGUUCCUUGUGAAUAUGAGUUUGAAAGUGACAUUUUUUUAUUUUUGGCUGCAACGGAAACUGGAAAAAGAGAAAUUCGACGUGUGCUCUAGUAGGCCCACCGCAGAGAAGUGUAAUGGUCUGUAAUUAAUACCGGCAGAUUACAAUGUGAUGCUGCGUUUGAUGAGUUGUGAAAGAAACUGGACAGGCUACGCUUGUCUUAAAAGUAUAACAAUGGAUCAAUUUGUCGAAAUUUGGACCAGUUGUUUCUAAAGAAGAGCGAAAAUCGCGAACAAAAGACCAAUGCAUCACCCUGACGAGUUUGCUUGGGUCGCAGGUUAGGUGUGUUUUUCGGAAGUGCGUUUUUUUAUGCCGUCAUAAACCAACUAGCAAGUUUACAUGUAAUUCGUAUGAGGGUAACCUAUCGUGCUUAACCAAUUCUGGUCUCCUUCGCAGCCGUCCGUCUGAUGCCAUCAAGAAGAGUUAUUUGUGGCAUUUUCCGGCCUCUUUCUCGCUUAAAAUUAAAGGUUCCAAACUAUUUGAAACUUUGCAUACCUGUCGGGUAUUACGCUGGUCGUGCUGUUCCCAAAGCUUAAUAAAGUAAUAAUAGCUUGCGAAGCUCGGACAAAUGACUUUCACCGUCCACUCAAGUUUUGCCUUUCGCUUUCCCCUCCCUACUUCUUUUAGUUCUCUUCACUUCCCGCCGUUCUUUACGUUUUUCUUAGGCCCUUUUGACUGAAAUGCCCCUUUUUUAGAUAUGAUUUGAAAGUCAUCUUUGCCCUGCACAAUUCAGUCUUCAAAGUUAUAUUAUAUUACCUUUAAUUUAUGUCUCUGAGUGAGUUACUCUUUUUAAAUUGUUACGUUGGCAAUUAUUACAUCUGUGACCAAAUAUUAUUACACUUGUGACCUUUAUUACAUUUGUGACCAAAUGUUAUUACACUUGUGACCUUUAUUACAUUUGUGACCAGUUAUUACAUUUGUGCCUUCAACAGCCGUGUAUCUGGCCAAAGCAGGAGUGCACCUGAAGGUGUACGGGUUCAAGGAGGAGACAUCGAGAUUCCUUGCGUUUAUGAAAUUGGCGUCAAGAAAGGACUUAGAAGUCUAAGAAAAGAACUGAGAGACAAACUAAUACAACUG